AUGGUGAAUACGCGUUCGCGCCGAGUAUUAGCAAUGAGUGAUACAAAUGAAUCCGUGCCGCCGCCCCAGGUCGGGCAGGCCGCAGGAUUUGUGUUACCCGCUGAUGUCGUGUCCAGCGUGCGUACGAGCGCCGACGCGACGCGCCAUGCGUCGCCGCCGCACCCAUCGCCAUCUUUACACGUGCCGUUCGCGCAUGGUGCGGACGCACCAGGCCACGGUGCGCCGACAGAGAUACCUACGACACCUACUCCCGUAAUUAUGACGGACCAGCAGCUAAGUGUUAUUUUACAAUCUUUACGUAUGCCGCCGACUUCGUAUACGCCACCGCCUGGAUACGGUGCCUAUGUGUUACCGAACUUUGCAAGCUGCACCGCACGUUUUGACGGCUCAGAGGAGCUUUUUGAAGAGGGACGUAGUCACCGUAGAGUGCCGGCUGCAGCCGCGCUUCCUAUCCCGGAGACGUCUCGAGCUUCUUGCGUACCUACCGCAUCAAAAGCACUGAGCCAUAGGCCCCGAUGUGUGUACUGCAAACAAUAUGGUCACGCGAGGGAGGAUUGUAACAGGUUGAAAGAAAAGGCGUCGAGUGUAACAAAAGCAGAGAAAUCACCUGAGCGAUCUCAAAUAACUUGUUUUGGUUGUGGAACGCCCGGUGUUAUACGUGCAAAGUGUAUAAAGUGUAGUAAAACCGCCGCGAAUUCCGCGUUUCACACAGUCGAAGCCGGUAGAUCCGAGGAGUCGACCACUCCUAGAAGUGUUAGUGUACGGACAGAAUUGAAAUUUGCUGAUGGCACUGUAAAAAAUUUAGUUGUUGAUACUGCUCAAGUGGAGGUGACGGUGUUAGACAUAGUAGUGUCGACACUUUUUAUCGUUCUUCCCGGUGCCACAGAUUCGCUGUUAGGCAUGAAUUUCAUUAAGGAUUCUGGGACUUCUAGGUCUGACGCUGUCACCUUGCGUAAGAGAGGACGUCCAGCCAAGUCUCAACCACCUAGUAGUGGCUGUGACUUGGAGGGGGAGGAUAUAGCGAACGGAAUUCGUACAUUAAAAGAUGAUGCAAUACGACACCCCCGCCGCACGCGUCGCCCGCCGGCCCGCUACCGCGGACAGGAGGGG